AUGGGUCUUAAAAGAGCUGCUCCUGAGGCUGUCGGCCCGGAGUUCCAAUUUGAGUGGAAGGCGCUUCGCGGGCUGGUGGGCGAGAUCGACGACUCGAUCUCGCAGCUGGAGCCAGAACAGAAAAAGUACAAGAGCGAGGAGAAAGUUGUCAACAGCGACGAGGAGCCGGCAAAGGAGUCUGGAGAAGAGCAGGAAGACGACUCCGAAUCCGACAAGGACCAGAAGGCGGCAUAG